CAAGGUAUUCCCCGUGUGUGUUGUAAGAAGAGGUGGAGUUGUGUUUUCUCUUGGCUGAACAAAAUACUGUGUUCGUUGGUGUUGUCACAUAUAUUUCAAAAUUAAGGAAUUAAUUAUUUUAUUAAUUUAAAAUGCUUCUAUGAUGUUCAUUUCAGAGUAGUGUAAGGUAAAUAUGAAUUAUAAUUACAAAGGAUAUAGACGGAAAUAAACUGCACCAUCCAAGAUGCCGUUUGGAUUAAAGUUUAAAAAGACUCGGAGAUAUUAUGUCUCGGGAAAGAACUCGUUUGUAGCGAGAAUACAACUCCUUGAUAACACUUUCAUGGAAUGUACCCUGUCUGUUGAGGGUACAGGUCAGGAUUGUUUGGAAAUUAUUGGCCAAAAGUUAGAACUUGAGGAGUUGAUGUACUUUGGGUUAUUGUACAUAAAUAAGAAUUAUAAGUUACGAUGGGUUGAGUUGGAAAAACCAUUAAAAAAGCAGUUGGAUAAAAAUGGCCAUGAUACUCUUCUUCGAUUUGGUGUGAUGCUGUAUACGUCCAAUGUACAGAACCUGCAACAGGAGAUCACAAGGUAUCUGUAUUUUCUGCAACUGAAGAGUGACAUCAUAGAAGGGAUACUGCCAUGCAGUCUGGAGCAAGCCAUUCUACUUGCCAGCUAUGCUGUUCAAGCUGAGUUUGGAGAUUACGAUCCUGAUCAUCACACGUUGGAAUUUCUGAAAGACUAUAUUCUUCUGCCAAAGAACAUAAAGAUUGAUAACGAGGUCCAAUCUGAGUUACUACAGGAAGUAAUCAACACGUAUAAACAGCAUAUUGGCCUGUCGCCCGAUAUGGCAGAACUUGCCUACAUAUCAGAAUCGUCGCAGCUUGAUGGCUACGGACAGGAAUCGUAUCCUGCAAAGGAUGAGCACGGAUAUGAUUUGCUACUUGGUGCUUCAUUCAUUGGAAUAUUUGUCAAACACUUGAAUGGACAACCAACUGUUUACUUCAAAUGGAAUGAUAUUGUCAAUGUGACUCAUUCAAAGAGGUUAUUUGGUAUCGAAAAGGCUCACAGUGAACAGACGAUAUUCUUUCAGAUGGAGGAUGCGGAGAAUGCUAAAUAUGUGUGGAGGAUGUGCAACACACAGCAUCAGUUUUAUAGAAUUAAUCUAGAGAAUCAGAGACAAAAUAGGAAUGAAGUGUCGCUGGAUGGUCCAACGCGAGGCCUCACAAAAUCUCCAGCUACAUCGUCCAUUGAGCGAAGACCGACGCUAGUCAACAGACACCAUGCUGAUACGCAAAACCAUGUGAUAACGAAGAGACCCCAAAAACAACUGUCAACUUCAGAAAGUGUAAAUGAUACAGAUGGUUUGCCUUCACCAUCAUCACCAAAUCCAGAAAUUAUUCAUUUCGCUGAUGGAUCCAAGGUGGAUCAUAUUAAUAACCAUGGAAAUGUUUUGUUAAUUGAGAAUGGCUUGUCCAAUCAUGCGCAUAGUAUAAACUCUUUAAAUCAAGGAAUGCAGUUGCACAUAUCACCAAUGUCAUCAAACUUGAGUGUGGCAAGUAACGAGCCGCGGACCGCCUUGUCCCCGCUUCCGGCCUACAGAGCAAGUCCCGAUUAUAACACUGUCUUACGUGCAAAGCAAAAGCUUGCGGAGGUUGGCGAGCAUAGCCAGAGUCUGGGAAACCUCGGUGUUGGCCAUGUUUACCAUAAUGGAUUAUAUUACGAACCGAAUAGUGUCUAUGGUGCUGCAAUGAAUGGAUCGGGUCCCAGGCAAAUGACACUUAGUUACAGCAAUCCUAACACAAAUAUAUCAAGUAGUGUAAUUGAUACAUCAUCGGAGUCGCUACAAUAUCCUUCGGUGAAUCAAAACCUGUAUAAUCAAAUGAUGUUGACUUAUAGUACACCGGAAUUAAGCAAACAGUACCAUUCAGCUGAGGAAUACGUAACAGAAAAACUGUUGAAAAAUAAAUUCAAACCUCCACCGCCUUAUCCACGAGGAAGCACCAGUACUCCGGACCUUGCCAGACAUUCCAGCUUCUCAGUAAGUCACAGCAGUCCGGAUUUGGUAAGCAGACGAUUGCGCUCUUCGAUUGAGCCAGUGCAGGAGGUCACGGAUAAUAUAGCGACCACUAACUCAUCCAGUGGCAACGUAGUGCAUGUUAGUAAUGUGGAUUUGUCACAGUCGCUACCUGUUGAAGGGUUUUCCAACUUGCACCUAAAUAGCAACAUCAGCCCUCCUGUAAUGCACCCAUUAAGGCGUCAUGAACAACAGCAUCUGAAUUACUAUAACGGUCUAUCGCCCUUGCACAUGAGGCCUGGGUAUCUAAAUUUUUCGAACCCUGAUCCUCAGUUAGUUCCCCUUCAAAUUUAUCAAUCAGACCCUGCUUUACGAGACAAUCAUAUACCCCAUUCGCAUCAUGUUGUGCGACCGCCGAGCGAUUUUGCUGAUACCAGUGAUAUGGACUCGCCUAAUAUUAUUUAUAGCCCUCCACCGGCAUAUAAGCAUGUGCCAGGUGUGUCCAGUGGAGAGGUGUUCUUCACUCAGAAUGGUUAUAUUCCAGAGGAACACAGAUCUCCCACAAGCCCUUUGUCUCCCAGACAAUUUUCUCCAAAGCAGUUAGAAAGAAGUGCUGAAAUGCAAGAGCUAAAUACAUCUCAGUUCGCACUGCAAAAUUAUCAUGAAACAAAUAUCGUACAAUCACGGCCAAGAACAUUAUCCGCACCCGAUACGUUGCAGGAAACGCAUUUUGGUGCUUCCAUGCCAAUGUACGAACAAGUAACGUCAGAUUCAUCUGUAACUAUGUCUCCAGUUUCAAACCAACCUCCGCUAAGCCCGAGUCAUAUGAGUGUAAGUUCAGUAACUACUACCGGAAGUGGUACAACAGAUUCUGACUCAGAAGGACCUUGUAAAGAAAAAGAUGAGGAUGAGGAUAUAAUAGGACCCCUCAAGUUGGCAGCGAUGAACGGUUUGACACUCAUCCGUCCAGGAAAGACAAAUGAUGAUGCCUCCACGCAUUCAAAGCACCCAAGGGAUGCAAGGCGCAAGAUCUUGGAAAAUCAGAUCACAGAAGGACAAGUAUUUACAGAGUAUGAGAAAAUUGCCAGACGUAAACCAAAUGCAUCAUACUAUACAGCUCAACUGCCGGAUAAUGAAGGCAGGAAUCUGUUCCCGGAUGUACUUCCAUAUGAGGAUACUCGGGUUAAGCUGGCUACAAUGGUAGACAACAGCACAGGGUACAUCAAUGCCUCACAUAUACGUGUACCCAUUGCUGGCGAAAUUGUGCACUACAUUGCAUCUCAAGCACCAAUGGAGAACACUGUUAAAGACUGGUGGAGGAUGAUUUGGGAACAAGAAGUCCAAGUCAUUGUCAUGUUGACAGCUCUUGAGGAAGAAGGGAAACCAAAGUGCCAUCCUUAUUGGCCUAACUUCAACACACCCAACAACAUGGUUGAGUUUGGACCUUUCAAGAUAAUCGGACAAUUUAGCAAUGAUUCUGGUUGCUAUAUAACAAGUGGUCUAACAAUCCGGCACAUUCCAUCUGGUGAGCAAAGAACAGUAUGGCAUCUCCAGUACACAGACUGGCCAAACCAAGGCUGUCCGCUCGACGUCUAUGGCUUCUUCACUUUCAUUGAGGAGUUCCAGUCAGUUUGUCGCCAUGCCAACGGUCUCCAUGAGAAGCCUGUAGCAUCGCCUGUAUUGGUUCACUGUGUUGCUGGUGUUGGAAGGACCGGUGUUCUUAUCCUGACCGAUGCCAUGAUCAACAGUCUGGAGCAUAAUGAAGAAAUCAACAUUGCCAAAAUGCUAAACCUGAUUCGCCAGCAACGGAUGUUUAUGAUACAAACGGUUGGUCAAUACCAGUUUGUAUAUAGAACACUUAUACACUCGCUUAAGAACACACGACUUAUUUAAGUAGGAAGAGAUUCUACUCUAAAUAUUUAUAUACAUCAAAAUGUAUUCUUUUUUUCCUUCAUUAAGUAUUAUUUUUAAAUUAUACAUACCUUGCAGUUUUCGAAUUUUGCUAUUAUUAUAUAAUAUAUUAUUAUUAUUAUAUAUAUACUGUCUUGUCUUGGUAUUAUUUACAUAAUCUAUUUUUGUUUAAAAAAAUAAAACAGCCAUAUUGGAUAGACAUUUAACCCUCAAUUAUUCCACCAAAUAGUGUAGUGCUUGUUAGCAAGACCAUAUUCAUUAAAAAAUUAACUUAAAUAUAGCUUGUCAAGAAUGGAGCAAAUUUAAGGAUUUACAUUAAAACCCAUUUAGGUUUUACACAUUUAAUAAUUAACCAAUAAAUACAUAAAUAAAUAUUUACCUACCUGCAGUUUCUAAACAUGAGAACAGAUAUCAAUCAAUCAAUCAGUGUGUCAUUUAAUUUAUAUGCCACCAUUCCAACAGUCAUUGUAUAGAUAAAAUAAAGAUAGAGUAUCUAUGCCAUAUAAGCCGUUUUUUGUAUUAGGCUACUGUGUUGAACUUAGCUUGUAUAUUAUGAUUGUAGUGCUAUUAUUAGAACUAUUAAUACAUGUGUGAAUCUUAAUGAUCGAACCCUACAUUCUGAUAUUGUCUUUAUUGCCUGUUCAAACCACAUAUAACUUGAUUUAUUUUGAAGCUAGUUGGUUUUUAAUAGAAAAUCUAGUAGUUGCAUCCCCAAUAAUGUUGUGCCUGACUGGUCAGGUUGACUUAUUCUACUUUCUUGUGAAGCUUUUAAUUAUCAAAAUGCUAUCAAAGAUAUUGUGUUUUGUUAUGUGUAGACUAAUUUGUAGCAUUAUUUAUAAGAUAGACAAACUUCUCAUAAUAAUGGUUAAGUCAUUGUAUCUGUUUUGUUAGUCCAAACAAAAUUCUGUUGUGUUAUUCAAUGGAAUUUGCAGAUACCAAGUACCAAUUAAGUACUGUAAUGACAUUUGGAAGUCUGGGUGAGUUGUUUUGGAAAAUGUAUUUUUAACUAUGACUAGGCCUAAUAGGCUGCUUACUCAACCUAUACAAUUUUUUUUUGGUAAAAUGAUAACCACAGAGAUAAAAUCCAUGGUUAGUGAUUCUAACUUAUUACUUUGUACUUUGAAAGUGUUUUUUUAUGUCAUACACUGCAUUUUGAGCCCCUUUUGUAAAAAAAAAAAUACCCAAAAUAAAUUAUCCAGCCCUAUAUUUUUAAGAUUUUUGGGUCAAGCAAGCUUUGGCAACAAAUCGUUAUAUUUUUUUUACCUUAUGUUUAGUACUUAAUAGUAUUAUAAAACUGCGAUUUGUUUCUGUAUGUGUUCCAUUAUCACAUUACAUACAAAAAUGACAUUCCAUAUAAAAAUAUCUACCAUAUUUUUUUUUUCAUGGGUGUAUAGAUCAGCAAAUUAAUAUACACAACAUGUUUUAUAUACUUUUAUAAUUCCAUGUUAUUUAUAUUUUAAAUUAAUAUUAUAUAUGCCAAGUUUACCUUUUUUUGGAACGUUCCGCAAAGGUAUGGUAAUCAUCUGUUCAUUAUAUGAGGCUUGCCGUCCCAAAAACCAGCGUACUGUCACUAAAUAUUAAACUGAGUAAUUUGCAUAAGAAUGUGACAGUAUUGUACACUUUAGUACAGAGAAGUUGUAAUACUUUUACUCAUAACUUUGGCAAUAGUAAGUCAAUUCUAGUAAAUGACCCAUCAUUAUAAAACUUAUAAUGUGGGGAAUAUGAAUAUAUAUUGAAAAGUCAAUUUUGGUUUUUAGUCAGUGAUGCUGGUUUUGGCAUCACAAGCCCCAUGUAUGCCGAGUUUACCUUUGUGGAACGUAGUAUAAAAUUAGAGGAAUCAUCUGUUACUAUAUUAUGUCAAUUCCAUUAUUUUUAAAGUAACUUGGCAUAUAUUUCUUCAUCUAGUUUAAGAAUCCUACUUCAAGGACUAUUAACCUCGCCUGUUAUUUGCGUAAUGCAUUUGUUUAAUAAAAACUAAUGAAUGUUUCUUAGAAUUAUUGGAAUAUAAAUAGAGGCUAGCUCAAGGUCACUAGAACAUAAUCUGAUGUUAUCAUAGAGUUGGUAACAUGAAACAUGAUACCAUUAUAUAUUGGUACACAUUUAAGUUUUUAUAUAAUUAAUACACCUUGUUAUGUUCCAAUUACUAUUCCAGAAAAUUGGCUUUAAAUUUGCAGUGAAACAUUAAUGAUGGCAGAUUGAAAUAGAAAUAUUAUUAAUGUUCCUACUUCGAUUUUCAAUAAUUAUUGUUCCAAAGAAGGAUAUGUUUAUAAAAUGUAUUAAUGAGUAGGGUAGUCAGUGGUGGAUCCAGGGUUUUAAAUUGGGGAGGGAAUUUUAUAGGUGACGGGCCCAGACUACCUCAGCCCCACAAUUGGGUGAGCCUGAGGAAUUAAAUUUUAUGUCUAUGGUACUUGCAAACUUAAAUUGGAGUUCAAUUUUCAUUUUCUCUUUCACUUUUAAAACCUGGCUGACAUCGAAUCUCCCUACCCCAGAUCUACCCAACCCCCUUCCUGGAUCUUCCCCUGGUAUUCAAUAUGUACAGUAGUACAAUGUAAAGUAUAGUGCUACAAUAUAGGGCUCACUUUAAAUGCAGUGGCCAUAUAUUUUGUUAUUUUGUAUUUUUUUUACUAUAUUUGUGUGUUUUUUAUACUGUUUUAUCUGAGUGCCACUGGUAGAGAUACAAUGUGCAAUACUUUUAUAGCUGUUUCCAGCUUAAUCAUUUUUCCUAUCUACUAACAAAGGUAGCUAAUAUGUAAAAGUUUGAUUACAGGUGUCCAAAAUGGUUUGAUGUUUUAUAAAGCAAAUCAUUAAGAAUGUCAGCAAAUUGGAAAGUGCCUGUUAUUGAUGCUGUUUCUACAAAUUUGUUUUCAAACACUUUUGUUUUGAUAUUCACCAAUAUUGGUGUGCAAACAGAAUUUUAUACAGAUUCUGUGGCGGUUUAGGGACCAGAAUCUUGUUAACUACAAUAUUAAUCCAAUUAUGUAUUGAAUAAAUAUUGAAUAUAGACUUUUA